AUGAUUUCAUGUAAAAAUAAAAAUGGUGAAUUGAUUCGAAAUAAUCAAAGAAGUGAUAGUGAUUCGAGAAAAUCAGAAAAUGGAAAAAAAUUGAGAAAAGUUCCGAAACGAAAAAAGUCGAAGAGUAGUAGAUCAAAAAGAUCGAAAAAAUCAGUGAAAUCGAGGAAAUCAAAGAGGAAAGUGAAAAAACGAGAAGAUGAUGGAAUGGAAGAAGAUCGAACACAAAAAAGUGGAAGAUCGAGUAGAAAUGAAAGAAAAUCGAGAAAAAGUCAUAGAUCAAGAAGAAGUGAGAGAAAAACUGUGGAAAAUCGAGAAGGAAAAUCAGGAAAAAGUAGAAGUAGAGGAGAAAGACAAUCGAGAAGGUUAGUCUAGGGUUUCAUGCUCCAAUUAUUUGUUGUUUUUUUGUUUCAGAUCUUCAGAUCCAGCAGAAAGCCCUCAAAAAUCGAGAAAUGCUUCCAAGAAAAGCCGAAAAUCCACGUGAGCAUUCAAAAUUUCACAUCUUUUCUCAGCCUUCAAAAAUCCUCAUUUUUCUCUAGGAAAUCUCGAAAAUCUCAAAAAUCUACAAAAAGUGCAGUUCGUCCAAUCGAAUAUGACAAUGAUCCAUUAGCUUCUCCUAAAAUUGUAAAUCCAAAUCGAAGUGAAUUGCCAGAAGAUAACAAGAAAAAGUUUGAAAUCAGUUAG